AUAAUAUUCAACUAUUCUUCUUCUUCUUCUUCUUUCGUUUCACACUCUCUUCUUCAAAUCACACUCACGCUCCAUGAAAACUAGGGUUUGAGUUUGAUCCUCACUCUCUUGUUUCAGUAACCACACUUAUCAAUGGCUUCUUCAUCUUCUCUACUCUUAACCGAACUCAAUUUUCUUGCUCCUCAAUUCACACCAAAACGUCGUCGUUCUAACUCUAGAUUUUGCAUUCUUCCCACUCAAAUUCGUGCUUUGAAGGAAGAAGGUGCAUUGGUUGAAGAAAGAAUAGUGAGCGAUGUGAAAUGGAGCGGAAAUGGAACUGUUGUCAAUGGUAGCAAUGGUUCUGUUAGAGGUUAUGUGAAUGGUGGUGGAAAUGGAAGCUUGGUGAAGUAUGUGAAUGGAAAUGGUGUGGCGGUGGAAGUUGUUGAAGAUUUUGUUGAAACUUCCAAAAGGAAGGAAGUUGGGAGGAAGAAGAGGUUGGAGGAGAUUGGAAAAGAAGAUGCGUGGUUCAAACAAAAUGGCGAACCACAGGUUGAGGUGGCGGUUGCGCCUGGAGGUCGUUGGAGCAGAUUCAAGACUUACUCAACGAUCCAAAGAACGUUGGAAAUUUGGGGGUUUGUUAUUCAAUUCAUCUUCAAGUCUUGGCUGAAUCGUCAGAAGUUCUCUUAUAAAGGAGGAAUGACUGAGGAAAAGAAAACCUUAAGGCGAAAAACCCUUGCCAAAUGGCUUAAGGAAAGCAUUCUGCGAUUAGGUCCUACAUUUAUCAAAAUUGGCCAACAAUUCUCCACAAGAGUGGACAUUCUUCCUCAAGAAUAUGUUGACCAAUUGUCAGAACUUCAGGAUCAAGUUCCUCCAUUUCCCUCAGAGACUGCUAUGGCUAUUGUUGAGGAAGAGCUUGGAGCUCCUAUAGCUGGCAUAUUUGAUCAGUUUGACUAUGAGCCAAUAGCUGCUGCAAGUCUUGGUCAAGUUCAUCGUGCAAGAUUAAGGGGACAGGAGGUUGUUAUCAAGGUGCAAAGGCCUGGUCUCAAGGAUCUUUUCGAUAUUGAUCUUAAAAAUCUGAGGGUUAUUGCAGAAUAUCUUCAAAAAAUUGAUCCUAAAUCAGAUGGUGCAAAGAGGGAUUGGGUUGCUAUUUAUGAUGAGUGUGCAUCUGUUUUAUAUCAGGAGAUUGAUUACACUAAGGAGGCUGCUAAUGCAGAACUGUUUGCAAGCAACUUUAAGAACAUGGAUUAUGUGAAAGUCCCUUCAAUUUAUUGGGAUUAUACCACCCCACAGAUCCUAACAAUGGAGUAUGUUCCAGGGAUUAAAAUAAACAAAAUACAAGCUUUAGAUCAGUUGGGUGUUGACCGGAAAAGGCUAGGGAGAUAUGCUGUUGAAUCUUACUUAGAGCAGAUUCUCUCGCAUGGUUUCUUCCAUGCUGAUCCUCAUCCUGGAAAUAUUGCAGUCGAUGAUGUCAAUGGUGGAAGGUUGAUCUUUUAUGAUUUUGGUAUGAUGGGAAGUAUCAGUCAAAAUAUCAGAGAAGGUUUACUCGAAGCUUUUUAUGGAGUUUAUGAGAAGAGUCCAGAUAAGGUCCUUGACGCAAUGAUUCAGAUGGGAGUUCUUGUCCCAACUGGAGAUAUGACUGCUGUUAGACGAACAGCACAGUUCUUCCUCAAUAGUUUUGAAGAACGCCUGGCUGCACAAAGGAGAGAGAAAGAGAUGGAAGCAGCUGAAGUUGGAUUCAAAAAGCCAUUAAGCAAGGAAGAACAAGUAAUGAAGAAGAAAGAACGUCUGGCUGCUAUUGGCGAAGAUUUAUUGUCCAUUGCAGCAGACCAGCCCUUCCGGUUUCCUGCUACAUUCACAUUUGUUGUUAGAGCCUUCUCGGUUUUGGAUGGCAUUGGAAAGGGACUUGACCCCCGUUUUGAUAUUACUGAGAUUGCCAAACCUUAUGCUCUGGAGUUGCUGAAAUUCCGUGAGGCAGGAGUUGAAGUUAUCAUAAAGGACAUCAAAAAGAGAUGGGACAGACAAUCUCAAGCAUUUUACAACUUAUUUAGACAGGCUGACAGGGUUGAAAAACUGGCUAACGUUAUCGAACGUUUGGAGCAAGGUGAUCUAAAGCUUAGAGUCCGAGCUUUGGAAUCUGAGAGAGCAUUCCAACGCAUUGCAACUGUGCAGAAAACAAUCGGGAAUGCAGUAGGUGCUGGGAGCUUAAUAAAUCUUGCAACAAUUUUGUCACUCAAUUCAAUUAGAGUUCCUGCCACUAUAGCAUAUUUCUUUUGUGCGAUCUUUGGUUUUCAAGUUCUCUUAGGCAUUGUGAAGAUCAAGAAGUUAGAUGAACGGGAACGGUUGAUUACAGGGACUGCAUAAGCAACUAGUAGAUAAUAGGAUGGACAUGUUGCUCAUGCUAAGUUCAUGGUUAAAACUUAACCUUCAGAGCAUCAAUUAGGAGCUCAAUGUAGUAGCCAAACAUCUUGAGACAUCAGGUGUGCAAAAACAUUCAACUGGAAGUUGCAACUUGCAGUUAUAUUGGAGGCUUCUUUUUAUCAAUUCAUUACUUUGCUUAAAGGAUCGGGUCCGAGGUAGCCAAUUGGCGAGCCACAUUUUUGUCAAUAAAACAAACCCCCUCUCCUUCCAUAAAUAUAUCCGCCAGGUCAAGUAACACUUACUAUUGUUUUUCUUUAGUAACUCAUAUAUGUAUCAGUAAAUAGUAAAUUAUAUAGGAAUUAGUUUAGGAUUUAUUGUUAUGAGUACCGUAUAGUAUGAUAUGGCUUCCAAUAAAUUUGACAUCAGGAAGCUAUACUUGUAACUGAGGUGCAUAAAUUGGUUCAAUGAAAUGUAUUUACCAACCAUAUAUUGGAAGGAUCUAAGUUCCCUAUGAUAAAUACAAUUUUCCCUGUUAUGUGAGUA